ACUACCCCAACUACUACUACCACUACCCCAACUACUACUACCACUACCCCAACUACUACUAGUACAACUACUCCGACACCCACUACAAAACCCACCACCACAACAACCACUACAAAACCAUUCACCACGAUGCAGUUAACGAAUGCUGCCCCUACGCAGACUACCACACAGUUGGCUCCAACCAAAGAUCUUGGAGUAGUAUCCACCAUGUUCGAAAUGAAUUAUAAUUUGACAAAUGUGACAUUUAUACCCCAGUAUGCAGAUAAAAACACCUCUGAAUAUCAGGCCAUGGCUGUCGCUAUUGAUGCGAUGACUUCACAGAUGAUGAACGCUUCUUACCUGCGCCAAAUCUUCAAAUCGAGUAAAGUUAUGGAGUUCAGGGACCAUGGAGUUUUGGGAGUCAGAUCAAUGCUUCAUCUCAAUAGUAGUACAGCUAUGAAAAACGGCACGAAAGUGAAUGUAACGGAAAAACUUGUGGCGGAAGAAUACUCAAACCAGAUGACCGCAGGAGGCGUUGCAGUUGGUAAAAUCUCAGCAACACUGAUUUUUCCUUUUAAUAUAACUACUACCACAAGGUCUGCAUGGGCAAACGAUACCAUGACAACCACCAUAGCGACAACGACCGUGACACCCUUUGUUGCUUUCCAAGUAAAUUUUACCCUGUUAGAUGACGAUUUCCAUCCGGAUCAUGCAGACAAGAAAAGCAUAAUAUUCCAGAGCACGGCUGAUGCUAUUGGGAUUGCGAUUGCCCAGGGUGUAAGUGUUUCUUACUUGAGGCCAGUAUACAUGUCGAGUUGGGUAACGGAUUUCUGGGAUUCGGGGUCCUUAGGAGUCUCUUCAAUACUUCUUCUGAACAGUGGAUCUGUAUUUGUAAAUGGCUCCGAUGUCAAUGUAACAGCAGCCCAUAUCGAGGCAGAGUACGCAGCACAGAUGACUGCGGGAGGCGUCAGAUAUGGCUUAAUCUCGGCAAGACGCGUUUUCAAUCCAGUUGCGCCACCUACAAAUCCAGGAAAUACAUCUCCCCCUUCUACCACGAAUUGGCCAUCUACAGUUACACCUUGGACUACUCCAGGCACAGAGUGUGGAGAGCGGUACCGGACAGAUCCUUCUGGAUAUAUUUACAGCCCCAAUUACCCUGGUUAUUACCCUAACAAUGUUGCAUGUUUCUGGAAUAUCCAGGUCGACACGGAAUACAGAAUACGUCUUUCAUUCAAUACCUUUGAAUCAGAAGGUUGCUGUGACUUUCUGAAGGUCUAUGAUGGAGCCAAUACAAACGAUAGACUAAUUGAUACUUUUAUAGGAAAUUAUUCUACACCAGAUGUGUAUUCAACAGGAAACCGUAUGUUACUGUACUUCUACACAGACAGUUCCGUAACCCGCCAGGGAUUUUCGGCUUUUUAUCAGACCAUACGUCAAGCUACAACCUGGCCAACCACAGUUCCACCUGACACAGAAUGUGGAGAGCGGUUACAGACAGGCGAUUCUGGACACAUUUCUAGUCCCAACUAUCCUGGUAACUACGAUAACAAUGUUGAUUGUUACUGGCAUAUCAUGGUCAGUGAAGGUUCUAUUGUCAAGCUCACCUUCCUUUCGUUUUCCAUGGAGAGUUGCUGUGACCAUUUGAGAAUCUAUGAUGGAGACAGUAGAUUUAAUAACGAGAUUGCCGACCUCAAUGGACGGUCAAUGCCAUCAGACGUGUUUUCGACGGGGAACAACAUGUUCCUUCACUUCCACACUGAUGGAUCAGUAGUGUAUCCAGGAUUUUCAGCUAGAUACGAGAGCAUUAUUCCAGCAUUAUUACCUUGUAACACAAGUGAAAUUCGCUGUCCAAAUGCCUCCUGUGUCAGUCUGUCAAAACUGUGUGAUGGUAAACCUGACUGCCCAGAUGGAUUUGACGAGCGGUUCUGUAACAAUACUGGUUACUUAGAGACAAAUCGUGUAGAAAAAGUGCGUCUGAUAGGCGGUUCAUGCCUAGAGGGCGUAGUUGAAGUUGGCGGAUUUUGCGACGACCACUGGGGUACGGUCUGUGCAUAUGGCAUAAAGGUUUACGAAGCCAGGCUCAUCUGUGAGAAAUUGGGAUUCGACCCCGCCAAUGCAAGGGUAUUGAGGGACAUCCUGUAUACCGGAGGUUCUGCUCCACCGGCCCUUCAAUAUUUAGACUGUUACAAUGGAACAGACCUCAACGCAUGUUCCCAUCCAUUCUUCGGACUAACGUCCUGUAACUACAUUUCGAGGGUGUCUUGUGGAUCCGUUGGCUAUUCCUGUACAUAUGAAUAUGGUGAUUCUUGUUUCCUGAUGCAGUCAUACAAUGACGACCUGAGCUGGUACAGAACCUCAGCUAGCAGUCGUCAGUACCCGGUCACACCAGUACCUGGUUCUCAGUUCUUUACUUCCCUUCUGUUCCAAGGGUCGUAUGGUGGUAAAGGUAUCCUGGAAUCGCUUAAACUCACACCAGGGAUGGACAUGUGCCUGUCCUUUUACUACUUGAUAAGCGGUUAUGAUGCUGGUUCGCUUCUUGUAUACUUCAAAACAUCAGACGACGAUUUAGACCACACCCUUUUGUAUUCUGAUGACGAAAGCUCAGUUUGGGAGCGAACUGAGGCCACGAUAACAGCUGACAUGGGGGAGUUCCAGUUAUUCUUUGAGGCCACUCAGGGCUACUAUAGAUACUAUUAUUACCAAGUCAUAGCUAUCGACAGUGUUUACCUGUUACCUGGAGCAUGUGGAUCCCAGGAAACCUGGUGUAACGGAGGACCUCUGCCUAACGUCAACGGUAACAAUACAUCGAACACAUCCUCUACAUCAAGGCCGCCAACGUCCAACACAACCAUUUCAACGACUCCUCUACCGUUAGCUCAUUCCAGGCUGAACUGCACAUUUAGCUAUUUUGAUAUGAGAAACGAAAACUGUCCAUUUCACGAUAUGUACAACACAACAGGAUGGUCACUCAGUUACACUAGCCCUUACUACUACUCUGGUCUACCCAGUGACCACACCACCGGUGGUUCAGGAAUGUUCAUGUACUACUACGACUAUAGUGGAAGUGAGAAUGACUUUUCGGAGCUAAAAACAGAAACCUUUAUAUCGGGCAGUGAACAGAAAUUAGAGUUUUACUAUCACAUGAAUGGCUCCGGAGCAGGAUUGCUAAGAGUCACCGCAGGUUCUGAAACUUGGAGUGUUUCUGGUAGCCAGGGUUACCAAUGGUAUUACAAGUGUUUGCAAUUGCCAGCCAAUGCAACUAUGCAGGUUGUAUUCAAAGGUGUGCGAGGCCCUUCAUUCCAGGGUCACAUUGCCAUUGACGACGUCGAGGUUUCAAAUGGGAAAUGUCCUCAUGGUCUAGCAUACGGGCCGUGCCACUUUGAUCAGCCCAACAAAUGUGGCUAUACAACUAGUUGCAAAUGCCCUCAAGAUUCCAGCAAGUUCCAGUGGCUAAGGGGCUCGGGGCGAACAGAAACCGAUCAAACUGGACCGUCGGGUGGUGUAGGGUCAUCAGGCAGUGCUGGUCUUCUGCUGUGUACCUUUGAACCAGGAGAUAACUGUUUCCUGAAAAACUACACCACCAAUACCUGGACAGUACGAAGUGGAAGCACUUCGUCCUCUGGCACUGGUCCUAGCUACGCGGCUGUAGGUAAAUUCUAUACCUACACGGAAGCCAGUGGAUCACCAUAUUACAAGUUUUUCGGGAUGGAAAGUGAUUACAUAUUCCAUGGUUAUUCCUGCCUGACUUUCCGUUACCACAUGUAUGGAUCAGCCAUGGGUUCCUUAAAUAUUAGGACCUACCAGCAGUCCGGGUAUCGGUACACAACUCACUGGAGUGCUAGUAGAAGUCAUAGUAACUUCUGGUAUUCAGCACAGGUGUCAAUAUAUGAGUCCUUCAGAUACAAGCUCUCCAUACAGGCAUACACUGGUUCUAGCUUCACAAGUGAUAUAGCCCUGGAUCAAAUUCAGAUAUCUUCUGGCUAUUGCUCAUAUUCUUCUCCAAAACCGACAACACCCGUUUUCUUUACGACCUCAGCAGGCUACUAUAUGUAUGUGGAAGCAUCUAAGGGAUACAAAGACGAUGUGGCGACUUUAUCUUUCCCAUCAUUCCUUUCGAACGGAUUCAAGUCCCUGUCAUUCUACUCUCACAUGUAUGGCGAUCAUAUUGGUAGCCUAGAAGCCAACCUCAACAGCGUGACCAUAUGGUCAGGGUCGGGUGAAGUGGGAAAUGAAUGGAAAAAGACCUGCGUUAGUCUUGCGAGCUAUUCAGAAGGAACCUCGCUGUCGCUGUCCUUUGUUGCUACGCGUGGUGACGGAAUACUGGGUGAUAUGGGUAUUGACAGCGUUGCAGUGAGUCGAGACUCCUGCCCAGGACCAAUUGAGUGUGACUUUGACGAGACUAAUUGUGAUUAUGUGCCCGUUACCAAUGGCUACAACUACGGGUUUAACUGGACACGAGUUAUGCCUACGAUGAUGUAUUACUCACCAUACCGUGAUCACACAAGCAUGGAUUCAGAUGACAAAGCUAAUGCAGGCUCAGCCUUUCUGUCCUAUAUUGAUGGAUCCUACAUUAGACAAGGCCAAGCAGCAUGGUUAGUCACACCAUUUUUUGAUGCGACCAACUACAAAAGUUUCUCUUACUUCUUUGCCAAGGGAGGUAACUCAGUGUUUAAAGUGGGAGUUCUUUAUGGAAAGGAUAUUCAAGAAAACAACACCUUGCACUACAUCCAAAGCAGCCGCUCAGACCUAGUGGAAGUACUGGUGAUGACAAAGUCCAGUACGGAUGAGUGGCGAUUCAUGUGUGUCAGUCUCGACUCGCUGCAGGGAAAUGUUUCGAUUGUUUUCAUACACGAACAGCGUGAGCAAAACAAACCUGUAUACAUUUAUUUGGAUGAUGUUGAAAUGAGCAAAGACAUGUGUCAGAAGGGUAUCAUGCAGUCCAAAUUCUGUGACUUUGACAAUUUAUUUGAGUGUGACUUUGUCGUGUCUCCCUGCGUGGAAGACGAGGAGUAUCAAUGGGAGCUUCGAGGUUACAAUCACUCGUCUAACAAUUCAUCAGGAGACCAGCAAGUUAAUGUUAUGUAUGCUGAUGCUUCCUACGGUGAGCCAGGAGACAUAACAACGGUCGAAUUCAAUACUACGGCUGGAUUUACUGCGGGACAGCACAUCAAAGUGAUGUAUCAAUUUUACGGUGAAGGAGAUUCAGAACUCCAGUUUAAUAUUGGAGAUCAGUCUAUGGUUAUGAGACAAAAGGAUUAUCGCAUAGAUUCCUGGAGAACCUUCUGUACAGUUACGAGCGGAAACACCUCACCAGGAUUCUCGUUUUCGUCCAAAAAAGGAUAUAUGCGUACGGGAGACGUGGCUGUGGGCUCUGUAAGCUUAGAAGAUGACGCAUGCUCAGGAACCUCGGCCAACUGUAGUUUUAAUGACUUAUCUUGUGGCUACUGGCUUGAAGAUGGUUGGACCAUACAACCUGGAUCACAUGCUGGAGGAUCUCAUCUGUUCUUCAGAUCAAGGUCCAGUACCAAAAGUAACUUGACCGAGAUGCUGUCACCUGUUGUCUCUAUGGAAACUCCUACUUCCUGCCUCGCGUUUAUGUACAUGAUGAGCCCAGGAAACCCUGGCUAUGGUGGGGAGGGUAAGCUCCUGGUAUACCUGCAGGAAGAUGUCAGUGCGGCACCAGGUACGGCCCCAAUUCUAGCUUAUCACACAACCAUUGACACUGAAUGGUCACCUGUCCAGAUUCCGGUGAAUAUGUCCUCCUUCAGGUUCUACAUCGGAGUGACCAAUGAUAACUACGAUUACCAGUACGGAAUAGACGAAGUGGUUGUUACACCUGGCGCUUGUCCACGCAUUGCCUGCCCUGCCAACAUGUUUGCAUGUGCCUCAGGGACUAAAUGUAUACCAAUGUCACUGACAUGCGAUGGAAACUCGACAUGUGAGGACGGGGAUGAUGAGGAACUCAGUUUGUGUGUUCCCAACCCUUCAUUUACCUGUGAUUUUGAAGAUGGUUACUCGUGUGGGUAUGACUUAACCGCCAAAAACGUGAUGAGAAUACAAGGUUAUGAUCAUACAAAAGGCAGUGGUCACAGUGUCUUUAUGAAUUUAUCACACCCCAAUGAAGAUUUUAUACUGAAGAGUCCAACUGUGAAUGUGACGGAAUCCUCCUGUCUGCUGUUUUACAUCACAGCCUACGUCUCUAUUCCAGGCAACAGUUCCUCAAACAAUUCAAGCAAUUCAAGUGAAAAUGUCUUUUUGGCACUUAAAACCAACAUAGGAAUGACCUUAGAGGAUUUGCCAAUUGAACAUUUAUAUUAUUGGACAAGAAUUGCAGUUGAAAUACCUGCGGAUGUCUAUAGUCUUGAUUUCGUACCAGUGAAAAAAAAUAGCUCUGUCAAAAUAGAGCAUGGAUAUCUUUUUAUAGACGACAUUAUGGCAACUCCAGGAAAAUGUGACAUGGCCUGUAAUGAGGAGGAAUACCACUGUAGAGGAACUAACUUAUGUAUUAGUAAUAGAAUGGUCUGUGACGGGUUGAUAGCCUGUCCAGAUGGGGAUGAUGAAGAAGAUUGUGUGCGAAGCAUUACAUGCGGUUUUAAUACUCCAAGAAAAUGCUUCUACACAAUAAAUUCAGAACGUUCCACUUCACAGUGGAAACAAGUUCCUUGGAUUUCUUAUUUAGACAUGAAUAUCACGGACGUGGAGUCUCCUGAUCAAGGGAAAUUUAUGGUUGCUGGAUGUAUUGAAAGUUUUUCCCAAAACAUAUCAUUGAGAAGCAUUACGGAAUACUUCAAAGGAUUUAGCAGCAUCAAGUGCUUAAGCUUUCGCUUGGCACAUAUACACCCCUACAGCUAUUCCACAUCUCGUAUUCAGGUGACAGCACGACUAAACUAUCAAUCUAUGUCCAUAUAUGAAAGUUUCCAUGAGUACGGAGAAAGUAAGACUUGGACUGAACAUCAAGUUGAGUUUGGACGGUACUACGGGUACUAUGUGGAGCUUACGUUCAAUGCUACUACAUAUCUGGCAAUGAUAGCCUUGGACGACGUCGUCUUGACCGAAGGAUCCUGUCAAGGUAAUGGAACCUCAAGGCCGACACCUAGUGGUACCUCAUGGCCGACACCUAGUGGUACCUCAUGGCGGACACCUAAUGGUACCUCAUGGCCGACACCUAGUGGUACCUCAUGGCCAUCACCUGGUGGUACCUCAUGGCCGACACCUAGUGGUACCUCAUCGCCGACACCUAGUGGUACCUCAUGGCCAUCUACAACACCUGGGUCAAAUCCAGAGCCAACAUCAGAACCUGAGCCAUCAUCAGAACCUGAGCCAUCAUCAGAACCUGAGCCGUCAUCAGAACCAGAACCUGAGCCAUCAUCAGAACCAGAACCUGAGCCAUCAUCAGAACCAGGGUCACAUAUGACAACAACCAUGGGAACUCCAAGAACUUCUAAUUCAAGUUCAUUUACAACUCAUUGGUUUUCCCCUAGCACAACUUCUAUGCCAAAACUAAAUAUUGGUGUUGAACAGGAUGCCAAUGGACGUGUUGUGGUGAUCAACAAUGGCAGCCGGUAUUACGUAUGUUCCUAUAUAUACGCACCAACUACCGAUCUGCUCUGUCAGGCGAUGGGCUUUGAUUUUGGUUCACAGGCUAGGACCUGGUAUGACAGGUAUGAUGCCCAGAAUACCGUCUCCAUGAGCUGCUACACUGACAGACUAGACGACUGUUAUUUUUCCUAUAACCGGUACUGCUACUCUACAGUGGUGCUAACCUGCGGUUAUGCCACGGUUGAUUGUGAUUUCAACACUACUGAGUCAUGUGGGUACAACGUCACCUAUCCAUGGCAGCAUUUUUACACAGGUAUGGUUGGCCUAUAUUCCUACAGUACCCGGGAGGGUGAGAGCUACUCACUGCUGUCCCCAGAAUUUACCACAGUGGCCAGCAGUAGCAUUUCAUUUCGGUACCUAUUACGCAACCGAACAGCCGGCACUCUUGGUUUGAAAGUUGGUUCUUCUGUCUCGUGGAGUUCCGACCCCGAAUUAUACGGAAGUUGGAAGUCUGUUUGUGUGAAUCUUCCACCAGUAACCAACACAAGUGCAGAAUUCAUAUUUACAGCAGGAGAAAUGGAUUAUAAUUAUUACUAUAGCGCAACACUACAGUUGGAUGACGUUGAAAUAUACGGCGAUGAAUGUCCUGGAGUGUUUCCGGCAUCGCCUUGUGACUUUGACUCGGACCCUCAAUGUCCGUUUGAUGUAGAAGUACCACCCUGUUACUGGGACUCUAGUACAGCAUCCAGUGUUAAACCCUACAAAUGGAGAAUGGAACAAGGGUUCGAAGGUUUAGGAAUGUUUGCUGAUGCCUCAGAUGGAGAGGAACUAGACCACAGUGCCUUUUCUGUGGGACCAGUAAAUCUGACACAUGACAUGUCCCUACACUUCCGGUUCUUUGGGAAAAGUGGUUAUUACAACGGGAACAUGACGAGCAAAUUAGUGGUCGGUUUACCAGGACAGGGUGAGCUGUUUUCUUCACACUUUGCGACUAACAACGAAUGGCGCAAUGUAUGUGUACCAAUAACAACAGAUAAGACCGCUGCCUGGAUUGAGUUUAGAAGUUGGCACGGCCUGGAGUAUACCAUGGACCUCACGGUGGAUGAUAUUCUUUUGGAUUAUGAAAGAUGCCCACAUUACGCAUCCUGUAGUUUUGAGCCUUAUGAUAUCUGCGAAUACGAAGAGGAAUCUAAAAAUCAGUUUAGAUGGAACAGGGUGUCCUAUUGUGGAUCUAGUUAUGAUCACACCUUCAAAGAUUAUUCAGGUCGAUUCAUGUGUGCCCAGCUCUGUCCUAGAUACUCCGAGCCCGCUGUUGGAGAUGUGGCUAAACUCACUACACCUGUAAUUACAACCAGCAAUACAGAGGACAUGUCUGUCCAGUAUUACUUCAGACAGAGGGGAGAAGAUGUGGAACGGUUCGAUGUUGAAAUUUACUCCGAAGACACGGACAGGAGAUUCUCAACAGAAACAGUGUUUGGUAGUCAAGGUUACGUGUGGCACAUAAUGUGCAAUGACCUUCCUCCAAAUGACAAUGUAACUGUGUCCUUCAAGGCUACUCAUGGCAGCGGUUGUAACGGAGAGUUUGGACUUGACGAUGUUGUAGUCAAAUAUGAAGCCUGUCCAGAACCUUUGCUGGAUGUCUGUGGAUUUGAACAACCAUUUUUGUGUCGAUUCCGAUCAAACUGUACAACAGGUUCAAAGUUUCAAUGGCAAAUUGCUGAAGGACAAACACCCUCUAUUGAAACUGGGCCUAUAGGAGAUGCUCAAGGAGACCCUAAAGGUAGCUUUGCAUAUGUGGAAGGUUCUUUAGGGUCUGCAGGAGACAGGACAACCAUGUGGUUCCCAGCUAUCAACACCUUGAAUACACCUAGCCCGACUCUUCAGUUCGCUUUACACAUGAAUGGUGUUCAGAUGGGCGACCUAACUGUAGACAUCCGCGAUACGUCCUCAUCAGCCCCAGCCACACGGGUUAUGCGAACAUUCUCCGGACAGGAUCUGACAUGGACACAGUCCGGCCAGCUUGAUGGCAACUGGAUGAAAAACUGUAUUGCGUUUCCACCUGGUCAACAAACUGUUAUUAGUUUCACUGCCAACCAUAUCGGAAGCCUGUUAAAUGAUAUAGCUGUGGAUGAUGUGGUAGUUGUGGAGGGUCCUUGCCCAGUUCAAUCAGCUACUUGUGAUUUUGAGAUGGCUCCUUUCCUGUGUGGAUACCUAAAUGUGUCCGACGGUCUUGUUGGAGUAGCACCGUGGUCCCAAGUAAAUUAUAACGACAAAUGGAAUGAGGCUGCGUCCUAUGCUGUCAAUCAAACAGGAUCCUUCAUGUUUGCCGAUCGUAACUACGUAAACUCAUAUGUGACAGCCAAAUUUCUGUCGCCUCCCAUCAACAGCACCGGUACAACCUGUAUCCAGUUUGACUAUUUUGUAUCACCGAUACGCCACAGUAAUAUUUAUUACUCUAACGCCAGUUUUUUGGUGUACGUCACUCAUCAGAAUGGUAACACAAGUAGCAUCUGGCAGCAGCACUAUGAUGUAUCACGUUCAAGCUGGAGUCGGGGACAGUUUCAGAUUGAUCUUGACAGUAACAUCAAUCGUAUCAUGAUUGAAAAGCCAGACCACUUAGCAGCAAUCGCUGUAGACAACGUAUUGGUCACUUCAGGGAACUGUCCAGUCCUAGAUUGUGAGAGCGAUGAAUUUAGCUGUAUGGAUCGUUGUAUCCCUGUUGAUAAACGAUGUGAUAAAGUCAAAGACUGUUUCCUGGGAGAGGACGAACAAAACUGUGGGAGUGCUAUACCGUGUGACUUUGAGACGCGGUACCAAUGCGGCUAUAGAAAUAGGACAGAAAAUCUCUUUGCUUCAGUCAAGAGACUGUACACUGGGUCAUCGUAUGUUACAGAACGUACCAUAACAAAAUCAUCAGAUACUUUCGUUGGAUUUUACUCAAGAUCUUACUCCAGAUCAGGUUCAUACGUCACAGCAAGUCUGGUGUCACCGAGGAAACAAAUCAACGAAACCAUGUGCAUGCGAUUUUAUUACUUUGGAAAUGUUGGCUACUUACAAGUAACUGCUGACCACACAUACAAUAGCCAUUACGAUUAUAAGAUUUACCAUGGAUUAUCUUGGAGGCCCGGACAGCUUACACUCAUGCCAGGAAAUGUAGAAGCAAGAUUUGACGUCUAUCUUCGGAACUCUUACACUUCCUAUUACUUUGGCCUGGAUGAGAUAACCUUGACACCAGGGAAUUGCUCCGAGCCUUUAGACUGUGGGGAUGGAAUGGAGUGUUCUGGAUUGUGUUUACCUGCAUCAGCGCUUUGUGAUAAAAUACGGGACUGCUGGGACGGAAGGGAUGAGAGCAGUAGUAUUUGUCCCAACAACAUUACCUGUGAUUUCGAGCAUCAUUACCUAUGUGGUUAUACUGAAAGUACAUAUUGGAGUCAACAAAAGAGCAGCAAGGGCACAAUUCCUUCUUUUGACAAAACUGCUGGCGAGUCUUCAUCAGGACAUUUUAUGAAGUUCCAGAGCACCCAGAGCUACAGUUACUCUCUCAGCUCUCCACUUGUGUAUGUAAAUUCAGGGUGUGUGUCUUUCUGGUAUAAUAUCCAAUGGGAGACAUCUGGCCAGCUUUCUGUGUACGUCAGUGACAAGAGUAGUGCGGUCUUCAUUGAUAAUGGCGUAGAAUUCGGCAAUGGUUGGCGUCAGGCGAGUGUUGCAAUCGAGGGCUCCAACACAUCUGGAUCUGCUGUUGGCAUCCGUUUUGAAGCACGAGGUGGAUUGUUUUUUGCACGACCUGGUGAGGUUGCCAUCGAUGAAGUCUCCUACACACCACAACCCUGUGCAACGUUUGUUCCACCAAAGCGAUGUGACUUCAACUGUUCAAGUUCGAACGGCACUGUGUGUAUUCCUUACAACCUAGUCGAUGAUGGUGUUAAAGACUGUCCACAGGGCGAGGACGAAUCGUGGAGUUAUGUCUAUACAACACCAGGUGUAACAGCUUCUACACCAACAAGUGAUGGGGCGAGAUAUGCAUGCUCUUUUGAAAGUACCUAUGAGAGUUCAUGCUUUUUGAAAAAUGACUAUGGAGAUGAUUUUGAUUGGACAAGAAAAUCUGGAUCAACUCCCUCCAGUGCUACAGGCCCGGACUAUGCAUAUGAUGGAUCAUAUUACAUGUACCUUGAGACAACUGCUUCAGGAUAUGGAGACCUGGCUCGCCUUGUUUCACCUUUUAUCCCGAUAGAAAAUGAUCACUGUUUGUAUUUCCAUUACCAUAUGUAUGGUUCCAAUAUAAAUACAUUGUCUGUAUACACGGAGGAUAACUCCGCUAUUAAGUCACGAGUCUGGACAAAGUAUGGUGACCAAGGUAACAGCUGGUACCAAGGAAUGGCUACAAUACGAAGCUCAGUUACCAACUCAACUCAAGCCCCAUGGACGAACAACACGACAACGCCCCAUGGGAUGAACACCACAACAACACCCCAUGGGAGGAACACCACAACAACGCCCCAUGGGAGGAACACCACAACAACGCCCCAUGGGAGGAACACCACAACAACGCCCCAUGGGAGGAACAUCACCACAUCUGCCAAGCGAACGAACAGCACAACACCAGACCAAUGGGUUAAGAACCACCAAAACACAGACACAACAACAUCAGCCUUCACAGACACCCCAGGUGGAGUAAAGAUUAUAAUUGAGGGUACAGACGGAUCCAGUUACACAGGAGACAUUGCUCUAGACAAAAUAUUCCUAGCUGAAAACAAGUGCCCAUUAGAUUCAGGUGGCUCUAUAUAUAACAAUUACAAUUACCGUUUGAUCGGGGGUGAUCGUAAAAGUCAUGGCCGACUCGAGAUUCAGGCUUCAGGGUCCUACUUCAAGCCUAUCUGCAAUAAUUAUUACUGGACUGAUUCCAAUACACAUGUAGCUUGCCGAGAAUUUGGUUUUGGGCCAAAUGUGAAAACUAUGACCUACACAAAUGGGGAAUAUGGGAAAGCCUCUACUAGAUUAAUGUUCGACAGACGAUUCUUAUGUACUGGAACAGAGGACUCUUUAGGAAGCUGUCGAGACUCUUAUUCUACCAGCUACUGUUAUGAUUAUCAAAUUGGAAUAGCUUGUACAGACGGAGAAUGUUUUGCGGGAACCAGAGCAUGCAUUGCCCCUGGCCAGUCGGUAAACUCGAAUAACGUUACAUGUGUGGAUAGCGAUUUGUGGUGUAACGGGUUUGUCGAUUGUCCCGGUGCUGUGGACGAGCAUUUCUGUGGUAACUGUAGCAGCACACACUUUGAAUGCAAUAACCAUAAAUGUAUCGACGAAAUACUACGAUGUGACGAUCACGACGACUGCGGUGACAAUUCAGAUGAGCAUCAUUGCGUAAAAGACAAUACCAAUGAUAAUACCAUGGAGAUCUACAGAGAAGGAAGCUGGCACAAAGUCUGUUACGAUGGCAUGACAGAUAGUCUGGCCUCCUACCUUUGCGCAAUAGCCAAUGUUGGAAUUUUGAAAGACUUUUCUUCUCACACCUUUACCUCGAAUACUGCUGUGAUUUUGGUACCCAAUUCAAACAACACACGAGGUGUCGUCAGAAAUUACACUCCUCAAACCUCAAGUUCAAACAGCUCCUGUAAUGUAUUGAGGAUAGUUUGUCAGUCGUUACAAUGCGGUGUCCCUGAGCUAAAACCAGUACCAGCUCCUUUGGUAUUUUUCGGUGAUGCUGUUCCCCUUGGGGCACACCCUUGGAUGGCGUCAUUGCAGAUAUACGGUAGACACAAUUGUGGAGCGUCUCUGUUAAGUCACCAGUGGGCAGUGACAGCGUAUCACUGUGUUGAAGGAAAAUAUACAAGUUCCCUUACUGUACAUUUUGGUUCCGUUAAUCAAAACAAUUUCUACAAAGAGGGAGUGAAGGUGCGGGUUGCUGAAGUUAUUGCAGCCCCUGGUGCUCUAGUCGCAAAUUCUCAAAUCCAUGCUGACGUAGCCCUACUGAGAUUGGAUGAUUCUGUGAUGUACAACAGUAACAUACGCCCAAUAUGCUUAGCUCCAUCAACACGGAAUGUGAGAGAAUAUGAAACAUGCUUUAUCACUGGAUGGGGUCAAAAUGAAAAAGGAGAUUACCCAGAUGAAUUAAUGGGGACUAAGGUUGGAAUACUCCAUGAACCGGAAGAAUGCAGUGAAAUCUACGCCAAGGAAUUUACAGACGGCUGGUCAGAGACAGGCAUUUGUAUCGACAACCAGGAUCCAUACCAACCAGCAUGCUAUGGUGAUUCUGGUGGGCCAUUGGUAUGCCUGAACCCAGAGGGUGUGUGGGAGCUGGUAGGUGUCACCAGUUAUGGAUAUCCGGGGUGUCAGACCUCCGGGUACCCUGCUGUCUACCAAAAUGUACCUGGACACUUCACAGAAUGGAUUGAGAGAACCACAGGAGAAGGAUUAAAUCUUCCCACGGACCCAUAAAGCAAUAUGGAGAUCAUCAUGACAUAAAGGAACCCCUGACAAGAAUUCUCUGGUGACCCACAUGAUCAGCAAAUCCUGACUUCCUGUAACAGAAUUGAAGUGAUAUAUGUCAAGAAAUCAAAGGCACUGAUCGAAUGGGACAUUUUUACAGUGUUGGACACUGAAAUAAGAGAAAAUGGAAUUUUACUUAAUACAUUUUAGAAUGAUAUAUUUAGACAUUUUACAGGGUUGAACAGAAAACGGAAUUUUAUUAACCAUGUCUCCUAAUCACAUUUGUAGACAUUUUUACAUUGUUGAACACUAAGAUCAAAGGAAAUAGGAUUUAUUACAUCAGAUGAUACAGUAUGACAUUUAGUCAUUUUACAGUGAUGAACAGAAAGUAGAAUUUGUUGAAUUCGUGUUUCAGAUUGAUCAAUGUAUGUAUAUAUGUAGUUAUACUUCCCAAGAAGAAGAUAAUAUUACCCGGUGUAUAUCUCUUGCAGUGCCAUUAAUAUUCAGUGUUUAGGGUUCUAAUGCAGUUAAGAAUUGGCUUUAGAAACCUGGAAUUCAUGUAAACUAGAUUUAUCAAUGAUCAUGCAAUUAAGUUACUGUAUACCGAGAAAAUUUGCAGCAGUUUCGCUUUGCCCUCGACUGAGCUAACCAUCUCUAUGUCACAGAUUGUUUUGAUCCCUUCCCCAUUGACCACAUGCACUGAGGGGAGGUUACUCUGUGUAUGAAAACUACAGUAGAAUCUCUAGUGUUUUUCCUUCCCAAUGGGACAGGGGUCCUUAAGUAUAUAUUACCUCAUGUAUUGUGUUAGUGAUAUGAUUUCAUAUAUCUGUGUCUAAUAAUCUCAUUACCUCAUACUCAAGAAAUAUAGCUUUAGGUUUUAGAAUUGCUUCUAUAUAUCAUGCACUGUAAACAUACUUGUUUUAAACUACAAUCAUAUAUUAGUGGUUUCCAAACUGACUAUGAUGCACUCAUUUUUGUACAGCGUAUAUAGAAUUUGAGAUAGUACUAUUUAUAUGUAUGUCACACUGGUAGAACUAACAUGCGAGAUAGAGCCAACGUCAAUGUUGAGUAGGCGGGGUACUUCGCUGUGAGUGUGGAUACCGAAAGGUAUGCAGGGCGAUUGAAUAAAAAGUUGCAUAUAAAUCCAGGUAGGUUUCAAUCACAACACGCUCAAGCGUUACCAAUGCGUGGGUUUUUAUUACGGUCAACUAGUUUCGACUCUAUGUGCGAGUCUUCAUCAGGACUGGUAGAACUACAUGCUCCAUCGACAUCUGAGUUGGCUAGGAAGUAUUUCUCCUAAGCCCUUUUGUUCCCCUAAGCUCAUCUGAUAGAGCAAUGAGAAAAAGUAAACCAGAAGUUCAACAGUCAAUCCCUUACAAGGACAUUGACAAAAUAAUUACCUCUGUUACAUAUAUAUAAAUGACUCAGUGACCCUAAAAAACCUCAUACAUGAACCACCAGGUAUCUCUGAGUUAACAGGGUGAUGCUGCUACAAUGUAUAGCAGAUGAAAUACCUGGAUAAGAGGGUGUUUGGUUACUUUUGGUAGGUGGCCCCCUCCUUUCAGAAAUCCUAUAUCUGUCACUGGUUCAUUCGCUAAUUAAUGAUUUAGGAAGUAAUUUGUAUAUAUAGUGUUUUGUGCCAAAUUUUAAUCAGACUUACAUGAGUAUGUUUAAAGUAUAUAUCAUAUUUUGUUAAAUUUUCUUCUGUUUUGUCUUUUAAUUAGAUAUUGAGAACAAAAUCAUGAAGUUCUGACCUGUUAAAGUGCAUUUCAGUUGUCAGAUUUGUUAAUGACAGUUGAUUUAAUUAAGCAUUAUAGGUAUAGAAAGAUAUAGUCUAUAAUUGUUAUGCAAAUGUCUUUGCAAUUGUUUUAUUUUUUUAUACCAUUAGAAUGGAACCUGUCUCAUCUGACAACCUUUGGGACAUGAUGGUCAGAUUGACCUGUCUAAUCUGACUACCUGUGGGACAUGCUGGGCUGAUUGACCUCGCUAAUCUGACAACCUGUGGGACAUUCUGGUCAGAUUAAUUUACUGGUAAAUAAUGUUAAAGAUAAAUUUGUGGGUGUUUUUAUUAUCAUUUUAUUUUUUUAAUGUGGUAAAAUAAACCAUCCUAUAACAUGCUGAAGUUUUUUCUUACAUUAUAUUGAAUGCCCCUCAUGCUUGUUUUGACAAAUAUCGUUCUUAACCCAUUCACCCCUAGAGUCGCAGUUGAACCUUACCAAAUCAAAGACUGGGCAAGGCCAGUUUAAAUAUGUAGGGGUGAGUGAGUUAAUGUCCAAUGCUCCUCAGUCCUUGUUGAAGUUCACAUCGUGGAUUUUUUUUUUUUUAAAUUACUGUCAUAAUGAAAGCCAUAAUGUGAUGAUAACCCCAAGGUAUCCUCAGUCAAAGCCGUCAAAAUUGUCUUUUACACUAUCACUAGCUUCUAAGCAUUACCUGAACAGCUGAGGGAGGCAGAUUAAUGUUUGUGUUUGAUCAAAUAUUGUCAAGGGAGAUUAAUCUUUGGACUGUUCCCAGUACAGCCUGAAAUAUACAUUUGGUAAUAUGAUUCUUUAUAAACAAUAUCAUUAGUAAUUCAAGUAUUGGAGGUCAAUAAGUUUCAAUAAUUUAACUUUCACAAUGUUUCUUAUAAACUGUAUACCAGGAUAUUUUCGCUGCAGUUUAACCUCCGCCUUUUUCGCCCUUUGCAAUGAGGGCAAAUUACUGUGUUGAAAGCCAGUACACAACAUUCUGUACAUAGGAAUAACAGGUUAAUGACAAAAUUAACACUGCAUGAAAACAGAUUCUACCAGUGAAGGGCGAAAAUUUGACUGGGCGGAGGUUUCCUGGUAUAGGGUUAUGUUUUCGCAAACAUAUCCUCAAUAUUGUAUAAUCAAAUUAUGACAUUGUCUUCAUCCAAAUAGCUUGUAAUAUUAAUACAUAUAUGUAUCAGUUUUGAGUAGUUGACUCCUUUUCAUCUGCCUUAUUAUAAUACAUAUCUACAUGUAAAUCUUAAAGGAUGGUUUAUAAUUCAAACAUCUUAAAUGAUGGUUUUAAAUUCAUACAAUAUUGCUGGUCAAUAUUGAAUAUAUCUGUAUUUUUUCAAAUGACUUUUUUAGAGAUAUGGAUAUAUAACGUUUUAUAAACAUUCCUCUUGUCCAUCUUUUUGUUGUAUAUAAAUCAAAUUAUGCAAUGCGUUUCUGUGCUACGGAAGUAUACUGUUAUUUUUGUACUGAUAUAUACACUUCCUUUUGUAAAAUGCUUUAAUAAAACAUAUUUUAACUAUU